UGAUUCUAGAUGUUUUGAGUGACGUUACACAUGACAUUCUAAAAAUAAACGCCUCACGGAAUCACAAAUCACAAAUCCAAACAAGUCUUCCCCCAUGUCAUUUGUCAUUAGCCGCAAAUCGGCAAGUCUUCCCCCAACUCCAAAUCGGCAAAUUCCCCAAUGACAACAUAAAAGGAAAGCAAACCCAAGUCCAUCCUUGAAAAACUUAUAGCGAAGAUGCCUUCUUCCAUAGAUAAUCAUGUCGACCAAGAAGUUAUAGAUAUGGAAGUAGCAGGGGCAGAAGCGGGAGAAGCCGAGCGCGUUACAUUCAGUCUGGCCAUAGCGUUUUUGUUCAAUUGGAUCGCUCGCAUCCUUAAUCUGCUGGAUACUAUUGGUGGCCUGUUGAUUAACUAUUACCCGCAAACAUUUGGGGCUAUUGACAUGCCCCCAUCUCCAAUUACCUUUAUAAUCGCUAGUUUAUAUGCAUUUGCAGAAAUGAAGUCGCAGGGAUCUGAUUUUCCUUUUAAAACGCAUCCUGGGUUCAUCAAUGUAGCUCUUGUCUGUCUCAUCUUAUAUGGCCUGGCUUCUGCAGCAGAGUUUUUCAUUUAUGCCAUACGUCCCGGUUCUGUUUAUGGCAUGAUCGUUCAUUUGUUCAAAAGAAUUUGGCAACACGAAUUUGAAAGUUGACAACCCCACCUCUACCAAGGCGAUGACCACAUAAUUUGCCCAUUUUUCUACAGAGUUGUGAUAACAAUCUAGUGAGAUUAAUAUAAAUAUCGGGUCUUCUCUGCAGUCCUAACUUCUCUACUAAUGGUUUUCUUGGAUUAGGAAAAUUUGGUAUGCAAAGCAACCUGAUUUUCCAUUCUAAGUGUAGCUGACUGACACUUGUAUUGAAUCACUUGUCUGGAUUUAUGAAUAUACAGAACUAUAUUUGAACCGUCUUGGAUCUCUUUACAACAUGUGUAUGUAUGUUGUUCUAUUUUUCUUUA